AUGACGAAACGUGUUUUCUCGUUCGACCUCUUUACUUUCCUCCUUCUGGCCGGCCUCUUUGCUCACCUGAGUCACCUCCUGCUCGCCGACCCCGAUGACAAUCCUAACUACGGCGCUUAUCACCCCAUUGAGGACAUCCACAACCCUCAUGUGAUAGAGAUCGCGGAGUUUGCUGUCUCCGAGCUCAACAAGGAACUACGGAAGAAGCUGGUGUUUCAGAGCGUGGUUCGAGGUGAGAGUCAGGUUGCAGCGGGACAAAAUUAUAAGCUUAUCGUCGCGGUCAAGGAUGAGUCCUCCUACCCCAUCUCCACAGUGAAUUAUGAGUGUGUUGUCUGGGAGAAGGUUUGGCUAAAGUUUAGGAAAAUGACCUCCUUUCAUGAGGUUAAAACCUAA